GUCUUAUUUUAUUAAUAUAUUAUUAUUUUUAUGAACAAUGAUAAUAUGGAGUGAAAUGAAAUGAAAUGAAAAUGAUUAAUUAGAGACAUUAAUCAAUUCGAAUGAAAUUAAAUCAAAUGAGAUGAUAUGAUACAGGAUGAAAUAUAAUCUCAAUAAAAUGGUCAUCAUUUACUGAGAUUUUUUCAGUGGACUUUUUGGUAGGAUCACGAGAAGUUACGUCUAGCGGCUUUGUUUCAUUUUCCCACAUUUGUGCACUUUCACAGAUAUUAAAAAGUUAAUAAACCACCGUUAUUACACAUUUAAACCUGAAGAAACACUAAAUAGACAAAAUAAAACAAAUCACACAAUUUCACUUCUCGCGUUCCCGCUAAAAUACGACCACUAAUAUAAUCUGUGAUACAGCAUAGAUAAUACAGGAUGUAUGUAAUUUGCCUAAUAUCAAAUAAUCACAAACUAAUAUAUUAUAGUAAUGAUGUGCAAAAUGUAUCACUGAGCUGAAAAGAUAGAUACAUAAUAUCACUUCGCUCUAAAGUUAUAUAUCAUUCAUUUAGAUCACUAGCUCAGUGAUCCAAUUCAAUUGAUUGCUCUCUCAAUUAUUUCAUUUCUUCGUCUAGAUCACUUAGCUCAGUAUACAUAUAUCACUCACUUUGUAUUGGAAUAUUUACAAUGGUCAGUUCAGUUUGUAAAUGUCAGGGCCUAUAUUAUUAUAUUAUAUGCACUUACUAAUACACAAUAUAGUAUGUUUACACUGUUUUAUGAAUAUUUACAUCAUGCUGCUUACCAUAGAACUAAGCACGUUAAGAAACUUAAAAAUAUAUAUUGUUUUUGAUAUAGCAUCGCAUUAUUCGUAAUAUUAACUUUGAAAAUUAAUAGUUACCUUUUUAUGUAGGAAUAAAGCAAUAUAAAUUUAGUUUAAAAAAAACAUGAGUUAUGUUAAGCUUUGCUUCUAUAGAAAUAAUGUACAUUUUUCCUUGACAACCGAAUACGUCGAAACGAAAUUAGCGUGAAGCACAUUGGACCUUCCGUGCUCACUUUCAGAACCUGGUCCCUCGUUUGUUGGGGGUGGCCGGCGCGUUAAGCCGGCUUCUGCCCAACGUCGGGGGGCCUGACCAGGUGACGCGCCGUCUCUAUACGGGGGUGGUGCGAUCAAUGGCCCUAUACGGGGCGCCCGUGUGGGGCCAGUCCCUGGCCGUGGGGGUGGCGAAGCUGCUGCAACGGCUGCAACGCACCAUCGCGGUCAGGGUCAUCCGUGGUUAUCGCACCAUCUCCUUUGAGGCGGCGUGUGUACUGGCUGGGACGCCGCCUUGGGUUCUGGAAGCGGAGGCGCUCGCCGCUGACUAUAAGUGGCGGGCUGAACUUCGUGCCCGGGGCGUGGCGCGUCCCAGCCCCAGUGUGGUCAGAGCGCGGAGGGCCCAAUCUCGGCGGUCCGUGCUGGAGUCAUGGUCCAGACGGCUGGCUAAUCCUUCGGCUGGUCGUAGGACCGUCGAGGCGAUUCGCCCGGUCCUUGUGGAUUGGGUGAAUCGUGAGAGAGGACGCCUCACUUUCCGGCUCACGCAGGUGCUCACUGGGCAUGGUUGUUUCGGUGAGUUCCUGCACCGGAUCACAGCCGAGCCGACGGCAGAGUGCCACCAUUGUGGUUGCGACUUGGACACGGCAGAGCAUACGCUCGUCGCCUGCCCCGCAUGGGAGGGGUGGCGCCGUGUCCUCGUCACAAAAAUAGGAACCGACUUGUCGUUGUCGAGUGUUGUGGCAUCGAUGCUUGGCGACGACGAGUCGUGGAAGGCGAUGCUCGACUUCUGCGAGUGCACCAUCUCGCAGAAGGAGGCGGCGGGGCGCGUGAGAGACGCACAAUCCCGCCGCCGUCGAGCGGGGGCCAGGGAGGCGGAUUUCGCCCAAGCCCUGGCCCUCUAAGUGUUUCGGGUCCCCCUCACAUGUCGGUCUGGGGACCGGCGAGGGGGGCCUAAGAAGACGACGUGCAAGCUGCUCUGCACGCGUUUUACGCAAGAGCAUCCGGGUGAUGGAAGGCCGGCUAUCCUCGACCCACGCUGGUUCUGGCCCAGCGGGGUAUUCCGUAGGGUAACCCACUCUAACCGGCGCCAUCUAGGCGGGCUUCGGACAGUCUGCCGACCGAGAGGGCUGGUGGUCGUGGCGCCGACGACCCCCAGUCCGGCGUUCCGAGGGGGAGGGUGAUGGGAGAGAUGUGCUCCGCACUAAACGCUUCACUUUCCCCCCUUUGCCUUGUCAUGAGUUCUGUCUCAUGCGAGGUUUGGACGUUGGUUGUUGAGCGACAGGAGGUUUUAGUCAGUUCGACUCUGACAUACCCCGCCCAGUAUCCCCAGAAAAGGGCGGAAGUCCGGCGAUUUCCUCCUGACCAAAAAAAAAAAAAACGUGAAGCACAAUAUGCAUUUAUCUCACUCAUUCAUUUUUCUUUCAUUCGCUCAUCAAUUGAACGAUACAUGUCAUGAGACAAAUGAGCUGGUGAUCUAGUGAGCUACAACUGAGUUAAGGCGGGUACCAUCGGGAUCCGAGGCGAGUACCAAUUUUUCUAAUGAAUUACGUACUCAACAAAUGUUCACGAUUUACUUCCACGGUGAAGGAAUAACGUCGUGUAAUAAAAGUGAAACCCGCAAAAUUAUAAUUUGCGUAAUUACUGGAGGUAGGACCUCUUCUGAGUCCGCGCGGGUAGGUACCACCGCCCUGCCUAUUUCUGCCGUGAAGCAAUAAUGCGUUUCGGUUUGAAGGGUGGGGCAGCCAUUGUAACUAUACUGAGAUCUUAGAACUUAUAUCUCUAGGUGGGUGGCGCAUUUACGUUAUAGAUGUCCAUGGGCUCCAGUAAUUACUUAACACCAGGUGGGCUGUGAGCUCGUCCACCCAUCUAAGCAAUAAAAAAAUUAAAAAAAUAGUCGGAGCUAGUGUGAGUUAGUGAUUCAAUACAUUCUAUCGGGGUGAGUAAUCUAUAUCUUUAAUAUCAUUCACUCAGGAACAACAGGAACCACACAUCUUUAUUGAGUAGUAUGAUAUAUGUCAUUGUAAUGUCAAUUUCGUAUACCUGCUUAUUUGAUGAGUACCACACUAUUCAAAUGUAUAUGAAAGGUAUACAAUAAUUUUAUUGCUUACAUUUUACAGUGCUGAUAGAUGAAUAAAAAUUAUUAAAAUUACUUGAACGCCUUGAGAAAAAGGUUCUUAUUAAAUAUAACACGUAUGUCGGUAUCCAAUUGAAAUUCAGUUUUUCAAAUAAAAACAGUGUAAGGAUGUCGUUUUGGAACCCUGGUACUAAGAACGAAGAAGAUCUAUCUCAAUUAAUGCAUAUCUUUCCCAAGAAAGGAUAUAAAAAAAUAGGUCCUUUGACAAAGUUACAAAUAAUUAACGCUUUAGAUAAUGGUCAAUGCAAGAUGGAAAUCGCAAAAAAAUAUGGUGUGAAUCCCCAAACAAUAAGUAAUAUGUACAGGAAGAAAGAGUAUAUUUUACACAAGUACACACAGACAUACAGCACACUAGUACAAGAUGUACGUUCUGUAGACCUCGAUAAAGUUCUCUUUGAAUGGUUUAAAUCAGAAACUCAAAAUGGAAAUACUAUAAAUGAAGAGCAGUUGCAGAGUAAAGCAACAAAUCUAAGAAAUUAUUUUGGAUAAGAAUAUGCAGUCAACAUCAGUUAUGGAAGCAUAUCAAGCAAUGAGAAGACUUCUUUCUUAUAUUCAAGGAGAAGGUGCGGGUGAUACUUUAAUACAGAAAGCCAAACAGUUAGAGGAUCAACUUGAGUAUGGUACACUUAUGGAGCUACAUCAAAUAGCGGCAGACAGUAUAAAUGAAUAAAUAGUUAUUAUUUGUAUAAA